AUGACUUUCUUCCAGAUCCAAAGUUGUCGACACGCAGCGCGUGUUCUGGAUAUUGCUGACGUCGCUCAACGCGACUGGCAUAGCGAUCAGGUAAUCCUCUACACCAAUCCUACCACCAAACUCGAUCAUGCGGUGCUCAUUGACUUUGCGUCAACGCAGACGUGGGAGCCACACGAGGUGAACUACAUUCAAAAUUACUUUGGCCUGCUUCACGUCCUAUUGGGUAGACAAGGCGAUGUAGGGCUGGAUCCGGAGCUUGUGUGGAAACAUUAUGGCGAGCCGGAUGAUUGGGAUCCGAUACGAGCUUGGAUCCCUACGGAACCAAACGGUAAAGGGAUGAGGGUUGUGAAAGCUAAGGACAUGUUCCCUUACAUUUCAUCUACUUGA